UGUCGCACCACCCUAGGAUGGCGGAGAUGAAGUAUGUUGUCGUUACCGGUGGCGUGGUGAGCGGCCUCGGUAAGGGGGUAACAGCUAGCAGCAUUGGCCUGCUGCUCAAGUCAUGUGGCCUUCGCGUCACCUCCAUCAAGAUCGAUCCCUACCUCAACAUGGACGCGGGAACCAUGUCACCCUUCGAGCACGGGGAGGUGUUUGUUCUUGACGACGGAGGGGAGGUAGAUCUGGAUCUUGGCAACUAUGAGCGGUUCCUGGACGUCACUCUCACAAGGGAGAAUAACAUCACGUCUGGGAAAAUAUACCAGGCUGUUCUGGAGAAUGAGCGGAGAGGGGACUAUCUGGGAAAGACUGUGCAGAUUGUUCCCCAUUUGACUGAUGUCAUCCAAGAUCGAAUCCAAUCGGUGGCCAAGGUUCCAGUGGACGGAACUCCUAACCCUCCAGACGUAUGCGUUAUCGAGCUUGGAGGAGUUGUUGGUACUCUUUCGCAUUCUUUAUUUCAAGCUCUUCUCACCUUGGGUUCUCCUCCUCCUCAGGGGACAUUGAAUCCAUGCCAUUUAUUGAGGCUUUACGACAGCUCCAGUUUUACGUUGGUGCUGAAAACUUUUGCCACAUUCACGUCAGCCUUGUCCCAGUUCUUGGUGUUGUCGGUGAACAGAAGACAAAGCCUGCUCAGCAAAGCAUUCGUGAAGUUCGCGCCUUCGGUUUGGUACCGCACUUACUGGUUUGCAGGAGCGCUCAAAAACUCGAGGACUACACCAAAGAGAAGUUGUCCCAGUAUUGCGAUGUCUUGGUAUGCAUGUGUUUUUGGGGCUUCAGUGUCAAAGACCAUUUCUCCUUGCAUUCAGACUUCCGACAUUUUGAACAUUUACGAUGUCUCAAAUAUUUGGCACGUGCCCUUGAUAUUGAGGGAUCAAGAAGCGCACUAUGCAGUCUUAAGCCGUUUGAACCUGAGUCCUGCCGAACCUUGUGUCGAGAAAUGGUCGGCCAUGGCACGGUCUUGCGAGAACUUAACCGUUCCGGUUCGGAUAGCAGUUGUUGGAAAAUACACUGGUCUUGCAGAUUCGUACCUCUCCGUUUUAAAGGGUUUACAGCAUGCGUGUAUUGCAUGCUCGAGACGGCUACUUGUUGACUGGGUUGCAUCAUCCUCUUUAGAAGAUGCUAAGCGUCACGAUAUGGCUGAGGAAUAUGAAUCAGCUUGGAGUAUGCUAAAGGAUGCUGACGGUAUUUUAAUUCCCGGGGGCUUUGGUGCUCGGGGUGUUCAAGGAAUGAUAUUAGCUGCAAAAUAUGCUCGUGAAAACAAUGUUCCCUUUUUGGGCCUCUGUCUUGGCAUGCAAGUCGCGGUCAUUGAGUUUUCUCGAUCGGUCCUCAAUUUGGAGAACGCAAAUAGUACCGAGUUUGACCCGGCCACGCCGUAUCCCUGUGUUGUUUUUAUGCCCGAGGUUUCUGAUACGCACAAGGGUGGGACGAUGAGGCUAGGAUCCCGCGCCACUCUAAUUCAGACACCACACUGCAUAACCGCAAAGCUAUACCAGAAGGAGACGCAUAUUUACGAACGGCACAGGCACAGAUAUGAGGUGAAUCCGCAAAUGGUUGAAGCGUUGGAAGGCGCUGGAUUGUGUUUCGUUGCUAGGGAUGAGACUGGAAGACGGAUGGAGAUCAUGGAGCUGCCAAGCCAUCCGUUUUACGUGGGAGUUCAGUUCCAUCCAGAAUUCAAAUCUCGACCUGGGAAACCGUCUCCUCUGUUCAUAGGUUUUAUACAGGCCGCUUCGGGACAAAUGAAUGGCUACAUAAAAGGUGACCCGGGCACAGCGGUGAAAGCCAAGAUUGUGGUAACAAAGAGGGGGUAUAGGAGCAAGCCUCCAAAGAGACCGGAGACGGGGGUGGGCUACAAGCCCCGGGGCACGGGGCCCAGGCGUCCACCGCCUUCGUCAGCUGGAGCUACAGCUAGUGUUCCCAAGCCGUCAGUGCCCGCAGCUUACGAAUACGCGAGUGUAGGAAGGAGACCGUCGUGGCUUCCAAGGGCGUCUCUCCUCAGGCUGCAAGCUGUAGAGCGCCCGGCCUUUCGGUGAUAUAAAAGAAAAAGGAGGAGGGAGGGAGGGAGGGGACAUGUUAUCUCCGAGCGGUGGCAGAGGUCAGAGCAAGCUGAGGUGCCGUGCCUGACGCCGACUCCCUUGUUUCCCGCAAAUACCCUGCUUGUCUAACGCCAGGAUCGGCCAUCGGCUCAGAGAUUGGGAUUUGAGCGAGUGUGAAUGCCAUGCCAUGAAACGUCAGAUUCCUUGAAAGGCC